UCUCUGCCACGCGUCUUGUGCACAGUACAAGCGUGGGUUCGUGGAUGGCGGCGCACUCGCUGCCAUGUGCUCGUACGCCAGCAUCAACGGCGUGCCGUCGUGUGCGAACAACUUGCUGCUCAAUAACAUCGUGCGCGGGCAGUGGAAACGUGACAUGGUGACGAUUGGAACAGACUGCGGUGCCAUUGCAAACAUGGUCAACGCCAACAAGUACGCCCGCGACCCCGUCGACGCCGUCGCAAAGACGCUGAACGGCGGCGCGGACAUGGAGCUCGGGGAGACAUACUUCACCACAAACGGCUAUUUGGAGCAGGCUGUGCAGCAGAACCGCACAACAAUCAACACGGUGAACAACGCCGUGCGGCGGGUGCUCUACAUCCGCUUCAUCACGGGCCAGUUUGAUCCCAUCGAUGCUACGCCGUACACUUCCAUUGGCCUCGACGGCAUCAACAGCGCGCGUCACCAACAGAUCAACUUUGAGGCUGCAAUACAAGGGCUGGUACUGCUCAAGAACGACGACCGCGCGCUUCCGCUCUCAACUGCCACGAAGGUUGCAGUGGUUGGUCCUCACAGCAUCACGCGCGGCAGCCUUCUUUCAGAUUACGCGGGCGACCAGCAGUGCUUCUCUGGGUCUGAUGACUGCAUUCCCACCAUUGGGGAAUGGAUCACAAAAGUCAACACAAACGGACACACGCGCGUGCAGCAAGGCGUGGACAUCAACAGUCAGAACACAAGCGGCAUCCAAGCAGCACUGGACGCCGUCUCAACGUCUGACGUCGUGGUGCUGUGUCUGGGGAUUGAUCGCAGCGUCGAACACGAAGGCAUCGACCGCACCAGCACGGAUCUGCCUGGUCUGCAAACGUCGUUUGCACAGCAGGUGCUCAAGACUGCCGGAAACAAACGCGUCAUUCUCGUCCUCAUCAAUGGCGGCGCUCUCUCCAUCGACGGUCUCACCAAAGGGCCGGCUGCGAUUGUGGAGGCGUUUUAUCCCGCGCUGCGUGGUGCUGAAGCGCUCGCCAGGACGCUCUUUGGCGAACACAACAGAUUUGGCAAGCUGCCAUACACCAUUUAUUCGUCGUCAUUCCAACAGGAAUGCGAGCUCACGGAUAUGCAGAUGUCUCCUCACGCCAAUUGCAAAGGCCGCACGUACCGCUACUACAUGGGCCAGCCCUUAUAUCCGUUUGGGUUUGGGCUGAGCUACACGUCUUUUGAUGCGUCGUGUUCUGCCAACACAACACGCUCGGUUCCCGUGCAAGUGAAGUGCACAGUGACGAACAAAGAUCAGCACCAAGCCGGAGAUGAAGUGAUCAUGGUCUAUCACAACGUGUCUGCGGCGAUCCGCGCGGCAGCCCCUCACCCGAUUCCAAACCGCGCCCUCGUCGGAUUUGAACGCGUCUCGCUUGCGCCGUCGCAGACACAGACCAUCGAAUUCACGUUGAGCACGGACGCGUUUGAGGUGACGACAACCAGUGGUGGACAGAAACUCUAUUCGGGGAGCCACUCGCUCAUCUUCACAAACGGAAACACCUUUGAGCAAGUGCUGCAGUUCAGCAUCGAUGGAUGAGUGUCAUUUGGUGUCGACACUUUCACACGCGCACAACUCAAAACACACACACACACACAACUCAAAACACACACGCCCACACACACAUUCGUUCCACGCCACCUUCCAUGCGAUCUUUUCCCACUGCACAUUCAUUGCUUGCGUUGCUGCUGAGUUACUCCUUUAUUUUCUCUGCGUGUGUUACUUCCCACUCAAGCAGCGGCAACUUAAGAAAAUCACACGAACAAAAC